UCCAGCAGGGGGAUACGGAGGAUGGGAACUGGUGAUGUCAGAUGUCAUUAGCAUAUUUCUGACUAUAUCUGAUGCUUGCGCAAAGACGCGCCACUACUGCUGCAACGCAUUGACCAGAGACCUACCAUCCUCCAGUCAAAACUUUGACUCACUGCAACAAUGUCUGACAAACCCGACCUGGACGAGGUGACCAAGUUCGACAAGUCCAAGCUAAAGAAGACAGAGACGCAGGAGAAGAACCCCCUGCCUACAAAAGAAACCAUCGAACAGGAGAAGGCAGCGAGUUAAGCCCCUCCCUGCCAUCAUGCACUGUACACCCCCUCCUCCUGCAUUGCCUUCUUUUCAGUCACUUCUUUUAGCUGUAUAACUUUGUAUCCGAAAUUAUGAAAGGACAACAACAACAACCAAGCUGCACGGUCAGCGGACGGAUGACGUCCUGGUCGCUCGGCCCCCCCGUCCCCACAACAACAACAACAACAACAACAACAACAAGAACAAGAACCACCGCCACUGCUGGCAGCCAUCCCGCUUUAAAGUGAUGCUCUUGUCCUCUCGUGGAGGUGAGGAAGCUGUGUCUGAGGGAGCGUGCAGAAGACGGGCCCCGACGGUGCAUGUCUUACCCUCCCCACCAUCGGCGACAUGCAGCAGAGAGGCCUGAUGGACGGGGCGUGGCCUGUGUCCCAGGAAGCGCAUCAUCGUCUCCACCACCACCCAACUUCCUGUGUGGCUGCUUACGCGCCAAAAAGCCGAGGCGUCGAGCUUUUUUUUUUAUUUUUCUAAAUUUCGGAAAAUGCACAACUUAUUUGUUUUUACGCUGGUCAAAACAUAAUACCCUAAAAUUGAUGCCGUUGUCUGUCACAAUAUUUUUUUUUUUUUCUAUGUGCACAAGGAUUAAAAAAGAAAAAAAGGAAUCCACCUUGAUCUGGGAGAUACUCAAAUGGACUUUAUUUACGUUGAUAUUUUUGUAAUUGUAUUGUACUUUGACCCUUUUUAUCAGUGUGAUUCGGGAUAGCUUUUGUGUUGCACCCUGUCUCUGAAUUGUCUCAAAAUGAGGAAAAAGAAAAAAAAAUACUGGAAAUUGACUCCAUGUGUUUGCUUUCAACCGUAGAUCAAAAAUUCUUUGGAGUUUUGUAAAAGUCCCAGCAGUCAUGUUACUCUGCCACAAACCAUUACCAGUAAUGGAAAACCGUGAAAUGUUGUAAUAAAAAAGAAUUUGUUACUAA